AUGUUCUUGCCAGGCGGUAUGGCGGCGAUGCAACCCAGAGAAGACUAUCCCGUUCGAGAGAUGUUCCAGAGACCGACAGGUUUGCGAGCGACAAGAAUCCGCUCGUACGCUGAUCUGUACGCUGCCUCCGAUACAUCGGGCUCUGACGGUGAGUCACCUGCACCGCCUUCGAGACGUCGCAACACUCUCGGUGCUUCUACUUCACGUACCCGAAACAACAACAUCAGUCCGACAGAUGAGUCACCCGGUGUUACGGAUCGAAGAGCUUUCGAGGCCGAGAUACUUGAGCACAUCAAUCGCUCUCGCAAUCGUACUCGUGAGCGUCAUCUCGUCACUCGACAAGAUCAUCUGGCCAUUGUCGACAUACUCCAGUCGAAAGCCCGAGGAAGGUCGGAUUCGCUUGCGAAGACCGACGAUCCGAAAUUUGCUCAGAGAGCUCAGCAAGGCUACUACUUGCGACAGACCGAACACGGCGACGAGCUCAUGGAGCGCAAAACGCUGCUGCCUGUUGCGGUCCGAGAAGACAUCUACGAUCAUAUCCUCCUCGCUCAUCGAGAGGUGGGGCACGGAGGAAGAGACAAGACGGCUCGUAGCGUUCGCAACAAGUAUGCAAUGGUUCCCAAAGAGCUGGUCAGAAUUUUCGUAGAGCUUUGCCCGACGUGCAAUCACCACCGCCGACCGGGACAUAUCAUCAGUGGACCCGUUGCCUCGCAUCGUACGCCACCUACCAAACGUCCCCGAAGCGAGUCGAGUCGGACAUCGAGUACUCAAGCUGCGACCUUGCGCCGACUGUCUCUCGCCGAGUCAAGCUCUGCCGGCACGACGACAAGCUCCGUCACCCGUCUGGAAUCACUGCCGCAGCAACCGGCAGAAUAUGAGUCCAGCACGAGCUCGUCACCUUCGCCCGAGCGUGAUCAUGUCUCUCUGUCCGCUCAAUACGGCCAAGCUUUCACAGCCUACGUGCCCUGUCAGCAGCGUGCGAAUGCCCCUUGGGCAUCGUCACAGUGGGCUUUCGACCCUUUCGCCAAUCAGCACGCAGCCUCUUUGCCAACCAUGCUCGAUCAUACACCGGAUCUCACCCAAUAUGCCGAGAGUCUGGCUGAGCACGAGGCCUUUGACCUGGCCAAUGUACCUCUGCCGAUCUAG